AGGCUUGACAAAGGUCAAGACUCAAAUGCCAGGCUUAUGUCCAGGACAGCGGUUUAAUGCAAUAUUUGGAACAUCAACAUUAGGACUGCUUGUAUUGUGCACAUACUUCUCACGGAAUAUUCGUGGCACCAUGGCUUGGAGAUCUAGUGGAAAUAGCAAUUCAAAUUUAAUAGAUAAUUUAAAAGCAAAUGGAAUUAUCCAGUCAGAGAGAGUAGUAGAUGCAAUGAAAGCUGUUGACAGGAAACACUUCUCUAAACACAAUCCUUACGCAGAUUCCCCACAAACUAUCGGAUACCAUGUUACAAUAAGUGCACCACAUAUGCAUGCCCAUGCGUUGCAGAUUUUAUCGGAUCACCUGAAGGAGGGUGCCAAGGCUCUAGAUGUUGGUUCUGGUAGUGGCUAUCUUACAGCUUGUAUGGCACUUAUGGUAGGGCCACAGGGUAAAGCAGUUGGUAUUGAUCAUAUCAAAGAACUUGUAGAUGAUUCAGUAACAAAUAUCAAAAAGGAUCCUAACUUGGCAAAACUGUUGGAGUCGGGACAAAUUACCAUGGUAACCGGGGAUGGUAGGAAAGGACAUGAGCCCGAGGGACCCUAUGAUGCUAUACAUGUUGGGGCUGCUGCACCCACUUUACCACAAGAUUUAGUUGAUCAGUUGAAACCAGGAGGUCGUCUCAUUAUUCCAGUAGGAGGAGUGGGUGAGAGCCAACAGCUACAGCAGAUAGAUAAAUUACCCGACGGAACGACGAAGAAACAAAACUUAAUGGGUGUGAUUUAUGUGCCACUGACAAGCAAAGAAAAGCAAUGGCCAAGGUUUCGAUAAAAGUUUACUACUCUGUUUCCCUGCUGCAUGAGGUUAUACGAGCCCGAAGAAUGAAUUCUGAAAUGUGAUAAACACUUCGUUAUCUAGAACACAAUGAUGGCAUCCCAAUUUUUAUGGCAUCUAGCUGGCACUGAUCGUGAUUUGCUGAUACAAGUGCUUGCAAACCCUUCAUUCAAGCUUCCAGUGAUCAUGAUGUAUUGGAGUGAUGCAGAUAUUUAUACUUUAACCUUGUUUUUCUUUAUGACAUGACACAGGAAGUGGUCGAAAUCCAUAUUUUAUAAACACUUUUCACAUUGCUUGGAAGGAAUUUUGAGGAAUUAUCUAACCAACAGAUCAUCUAGCAGAGUAGAUCUUAUUGUACAAUAUACCACCAUAUCUUUCUUUUGUGAAAAAAAGUUUAUUUUGUAAUAGUUCCUUUCAAGAUGGAGCAAAGCUGUUAAGUUCAAAGUUUACUUUUUAUGUAAAUUUAGUGAGAAGGAUUCUUGUAGCAGACUAUAAACUAGACAGUAACACAGAAUAGCAAACAUUGUACUCUUGAUUUAAAAUUCGUUCAACUUUGUGUUUAUAAGAAUCUUACAUGCCUGACUAUGUAAGACCGGUAUUUCCCUACCCAAGGGACAGUGUGAAAUGAAAAAACGAGCGUUAGCGAGGUUUUUAUCCAAACUGUCCCGUUGGUUGGGAAAACAGCUGUCUUACAAAAGCAGACAAAUGUAUACUUUCCCAGCUAGGUACGCAAGAAUAUGCUGUCACCUAAUUUAGAUUUUCCUGACAGCAGAGGACAUUUCCUGUUGCUAAUGCAAUUUAGUUCUGAAGUAGGAAAAGGGCUGUAUUUAUGUUUAAAGUAAUAAGAUAAAUGUCAGUACUAGCAUCUUAGAAUGUAUUUUCCAUAUGCUAUACCACAGAAAGAUAGCUAGUAAAAAUAUCUGUUAUAUAUUUUAAAGUAACAAAUUUUCAUUGAAAAUACACAAAGAACAGCUGAUUUACUGUUAGGUUAUUGACAGUGUGCCAAGUAAAAUGUUACUGGAACACUUGUCAUUCCGAUGUUAACAUCAUGCAGCAGUUUAUGUUAUAAAAAUGUCAACAAACAGCUAGGGUGUACCUCAUGGCCAUAAUGUUACACCUAGAAUCACUAAGACCCUUUGGCCAUUAUUGUGCAAGAUGUGCCAUUAUGGCCAGAUAGUACACCACAGUUUUAUACUAACCUCGUUGUAUGGCAAGGUACAUAGAAGUAUAAUUAUGUAGAGUAUUGCAAAGUCUUUAUUUAGUUCAUUUUAUUGAUAUGUGCCAUUUUGUUUAUUGGUGUGAUGAUGUUUUCUUUUGGAACAGUUGUGCAUUAUUAUGAAUCCAAAUGUUGGGAAGAGGCCAUGUUAUGAGGUGUCAAGGGUUGUUGCAAGAUUGUACAGAUACGGACAAUAUUAUAAUAAAACAGAGGCAUAACAGACAUUUUAGACGAGAUGUGUGCACAAGUAUCAUAAAUUACAUAAAAAUUUGCUUUUUUUUCCCCAUUAAUUUGUAGCUCAUCUAUAUAAAUUAUAUGGAGAGCUGCCCUACUCGCCCAUGCAUUGGCAUUGGCGUACAGAGCUUGGACUUCCACUUUAUCUCUGUUAUUUGUAGAUGUAUUUGCUUUGUUACUACUGCAUUGAUUUGAUUCAAACUUUAAAAGUAGUAGUCCCACAUCAUCACCAAUAUCUUAUAUGACAAGGUCCAUGAAGUGUAGAUAGUAUGAUUUUUUUCUGGAACAAUGAUGGAGGACACCUAUAAACCCCAGGCUUACGGAAGGUCGGUGGUUCUACCCAGGUGCCCGCUCGUGAUGAAAUAGUGCACGGAGGGGCACCUGGGGUCUUCCUCCACCAUUAAAGCUGGAAAGUCGCCAUAUGACCUAAAAUUGUGUUGGUGCGACGUUAAACCCAACAAAAUAAAUAAAUAAAUAUAAACCCCAAUUUUCUAAACUUGAGUUUUUCUUGUUAACAUGAAAUGUUUAGUGUCCUCUGAUAAAGUAGUUGUACCCCCCGACAACAAAGUUGUAAGGGGGUGUAUACUGGUUUCAGGUUGUCUGUCCGUCCGUCUGUCUGUCUGUCCGUCCGUAGACACUAUCUUGUGCGCACCAUCUCUCCUCAUCCCCUUGACACGAUUUAAUGAAACUUCACACAAGUGAUCAGUAACAACAGUAGUUGUACAUGGGGUAUGUUAGGUUCUUUCAGAAAAAGAAAUUGCAGUUAUGGGACUUUGUUUUUUGUUACUAUACUCUAUACAUACACAGAAUCUUGUGCACGCCAUUUCUCCUCAUCCACUUGACACAAUUUAAGGAAACUUCACACAAGUGAUCAGUAACAACAGUAGAUGUGCAUGGGGCAUGUUAGGUUCUUUCAGAAAAAGAAAUUGCAGAGUUAUGGGACUUUGUUUUUUGUUACUAUACUAUAUACAUAGACACAAUCUUGUGCGCAACAUCUCUCCCCAUCCACUUGACACAAUUUAAUGAAACUUCACAGAAGUGAUCAGUAACAACAGUAGUUGUGCCUGGGGCAUGUUAGGUUCUUUCAGAAAAAAAAUUUGCAGAGUUAUGGGACUUUGUUUUUUGUUACUAAACUAUAUACAUAGACACAAUCUUGUGCGCACCAUCUCUCCUCAUCCCCAUGACACAAUUUAAUGAAACUUCACAGAAGUGAUCAGUAACAACAGUAGUUGUGCAUGGGGCAUGUUAGGUUCUUUCAAAGACAAAAAUUGCAGAGUUAUGGGACUUUGUUUCUUGUUAACAUACUAUGAACAUACAGUCUGCAUUUGCAGUCUUGUGUACGCCUAAUCUUCCGAACCCUUGCACACAAUUUAAUGAAACUUCACACAAGUGAUCAGUACCAACCCUAGUUGUGCAUGGUGCAUGUUACGUUCUUUUAGAUAAAUAUUCUGCAUAGUUAUGGGAUUUUGUUUUUUGUUACUAUACUGUAUUCAUACAGUCUAUAUACAUACAGUCCACAUAAUUAUGCAGUCUUUGUGUGCGUCAAAUUGCAAUGUACUGUGUCAGUGCAUGCGGGGGGUACAUUCAUCACCUUUAGUGAUAGCUUUAUUUUCCCCAGAUAUGCCUUGUUUCCCUAUCCAUAAAUAGUCUAGCAUGCCAUCUCUGACAGCUGUUAUUCAUAGUUUUUGUUAAUUAUUUCAUACCAGAUAGGUUUUUUUAAUAAUUCAUAUUAUUGGGACAACUUGCAGUCUUUAAUGUUUUAAAGUUUUUUUGUUGUUUUUUUACGUGUUAAAAACAGUGUUUAUACUACACAGAGUGUUACAAAUGUAACUAAAUAUUACCCUUAUUAUAAGUUUUGUUAGUAAUGUACCUUAAAAAUCUGAAGGAAGAGUAAAUAUUUACAGAGAUCAUCAAACCUGUACGGAUAUGAAAACCAUGCUUUGAAGAUCCAGAAAGGUAUUUGUAUUUGCAGGUGAUCUUUAUUCACUAGUCAAAUUCUGAUGAAAAUGAAGUAAUGGCCUUUUGAUGAAAAGGGCCUGCCGUUACAAGUGUUAUUCAGCACAGGUUUUACCAUAACAUAUUAACAGAUAAUUGUGACCUAAUAUAUUAUCAGCUGUUAGAGAAUGAUUUGAAACUGGAAAAUAUAAAUGCUGGUAUUGAGGUUUCAUGCUCUUCGAAUUUUAUCUCUUCUCUUCUUCCUUAAUUCAUUUCUAUUAUAAAGGAGUAGGAUAUUUUUGUUAGUGAUUGUAUGGCUAUUGUGUCAAGUUGGUUUGUAUAAAUGGAAAAAAAAACUCAUGUGUAUUGUAUUAAUUAGAAAACUUUUUGCAACUUCCAUUUAUUGCUAAAAUGUUAUGAACAAUUCACAAAUGAAAGAAAACCAACAUGUGUUGAAAGCUCUUGUUUCUGGAUGAAUGUAUUGAAAUUAGAAAAUAAUACAAAAAGGAUAUUUUGUUGUUAGUUUUAAAUCAAAAAAUAUCUUUCACUGAGUGACAAGUUGAUGCAGUAUUUUUAGUGAAAUAUCUGUGUAAAUGAAUGGAAGAUGUUGUGUUUGCAAGUGAAACAUAUUUUGAUUUUACAUGUUACACAAACACAUUUUCUUUUUAUGCCCCACCAAAGGUGGGCAUAUUAAAAUCACUCUGCCUGUCCAUGUGUGUGUUUGUUGUGCGUGCGUGCAUCCAUGUAAAUUCUUGUCUGGGCUGUAACUCUGCCAUCCAUAAAGGGAUUUUAAAAUAACUUUGCCUAAAUGUUCAACAUGAUGAGACAUGUGUCAUGCACAAGACCCAGACCCCUAGCUCCAAGGUCAAGGUCACAGAGGUCAAAAGUUAAUUGGGUCUGUUUCGUGUCCGGUCCAUAACUCUGUCAUCUAUGAAUGGAUUUUAAAAUAACUUGGCAUAAACAUUGACCAUAAAGAGACAGUGCGUAAUGCGCAAGACCCUGCCUCCAAGGUCAAGGUCACACAGAAGUCAAAGGUUAACAGGUGUCCGGUUCAUAACUCUGCCAUUCAUCAAGGGAUUUUGAAAUUACAUGGUAUAAAUGUUCCCCAUAAUGAGGUGACAUGUUAUGUGCAAGAUCCAGACCCUGAGCUCUAAGGUCAAGGUCACACUUAGAGGUUAAAGGUUGGCAUGGUCUGUUUCUUGUCUGGUCCAUAACUCGGCCGUUGGUGAAGGGAUUUUAAAACUACUUGGCAGGAAUGUUCCCUUUAAUGAGAUAACUUGUCAUGAGCAAGACCCGGACCCUUGCUCAGAGGUCAAGGUCACACUUAGAAGUCAAAGGUUAACAUCGUCUUUUUCAUGUCUUGUCCAUAAUUCUGCCAUUUAUCAAGGGAUUUGAAAAUGAGCUGACACAAAUGUUAACCAUAUUGAGAAGGUAUGUUGCGCUUAUGACCUGCUGUCUCAGGUCAAGGUCACAAAAUAAUUGAUACCUGAACUAUUCUGGCAUAUUUUGCACUGACAACUGUAGCAUUCUUAGGCACACUGCAGGGGCAUUUGUCACUAACAGUGACAGUUCUUGUUAUUUCACAUUUUCUCAAUAGCUUUUAGCAAUUUUGUUCAUACUGGUGAGUUUGAUAAUUAACAUUUUAAAUGUUAUAAUUCAAUGUUGCACUGAAAAACAUUCAAAUAUUUAAAGUCUACCUACAAUUGCUAAAUAAGUAAAAAAAUUCAUAUCAAAUGUACUGUUGUGUUCCUGUGACAAGAUUUUGUUUGUUCAGUGUGAGACACUGCUAUUGUUUGUGUUGUAAACAUGUAUGUUUCCACAUGUUAAUGUUGUGUUACAUCUAUAUGAUGCUGCUUGAAUUAAAUUGACCUUUGUUAUUUAAAUAUAAUGAAUUUAUACACAAA